UUGGGGCAGAAGGAGAUAGAGGCGGUGUUGUGAGUCUGGUGUUAUUUUUAGUCUCCCCUCCCUCCAGGGGCUGGACUAAUCUACCGCUGUUUGAGCUUAUCCAGAUUGGAGUUAGGACACUGAGGCAGAAAGGCUGAGAACCGGGAACCUUUGGGAACCUUUGGGAACCUUUGGGAAGCCUUCUUUGCUUGUGAUGUCAUCAGAACUCCCCAAACGGAGACUGAGCAUGCCGAAGCAGGACUGGCAAGUAGCCGGGUCCGCGGGUUUGUAGGGUCAGAGGAACCGUGGCCGCUCGGCUUACCAAGCGCUCCGAGGAAGCUAUGAGUCUGGAGUGGCUGCCGACAGGCUGCUGCCCCGGCUACCCCAGCUGGCACUGGCGCAAAGAGACUGGAAUGGGAAAAACCGGGGCCUCGGAGAGCUGCCAUGAUGGUGGAAGCAGCAGCAGCAGCAUCAAAGAGGGGGGCAGUCUACAACUGAGUGGACUUAACACUGAAGAGCUCAAAGGCAGUCUGGUGGUCCUCUAUGCACCUGCUGGGAACUCCUGUCUGCUCAAAUUGAGCUCAGGAAUGGAAGAGAUGGUGUGGGAGCAGUUUACGGUCACUUUACAGCGGGACUCCAAGAUGGGUUUCGGCAUUGCGGUGUCAGGUGGGCGCGAUAACCCAAAUGUGGACAACGGUGAGACUUCUAUCAUUGUAUCAGACGUGCUAAAGGGAGGCCCAGCAGAUGGAAUGCUCUUUGAAAAUGACCGUGUCAUUCAAGUCAACUCAGUUGCCAUGGACAAUGUGCCUCAUUCCUUUGCUGUGCAGUCACUCCGUAAAUGUGGCAAAGUGGCUAAAAUAACAGUGAAGAGACCCCGCAAGGUUUCACUCCACUCUCUGAAGCAGCCCCCUUCGCCAGACAGGGACAGCCAGGAUUACCCGUCCACACACUAUUACGAUGCAGACAACGACAACGGCUGGUACCACGAUGAAGGCAAAAGCUCUGAAAACAAAGCAUACCUGGAGCCUGAACUCAGAGGAGGCAGAGACUACAAGCAGAGGGGAAGGAGCCGUGGUGGGAGCCGAGAGAGAACCUCACCCAGCCCUGACAGAUACAGGAGGGACGGAAGCCGAGGAAGAACUCAGAACACCAGCGCUGAACGUCAGCCAUACUCCAGCCGAGGGCGCAGCCCAGGAAGCCGAUACAGCAUGGAGGACAAGUAUGAAAGAGAAGACGGCGGUGGAGGAAGAAGAGGCCACUACAGGAGCAAGGAUCAGCUGCAUGACGGCCCUCCGUCCCCGACUUCAAGGGAGCUUGAGCCACUGGAGAAACCUGUCAAUGUCAUGCUGGUGAAGAACAGACCCAAUGAAGAGUAUGGUUUACGUCUUGGGAGUCAGAUCUUCAUCAAACAGAUGAGUAGCACCGGUCUGGCUGCUAAGGAUGGCAACCUGCAAGAGGGAGACAUCAUCCUCAAGAUCAAUGGCACAGUGACAGAGAAUCUCUCUCUGCAUGAUGCUGGGAAACUGAUAGAGAAGUCUAAAGGGAAGCUGCAACUGGUGGUCCAAAGAGACCGCCGCCAGAUUCUAGUCCGCAUCCCCCCUCUUGCAGAUUCUGACUCUGAUAACGAUGACAUAUCGGAGAUGGAAUCAUACCAUUCAUACUCCCCACCAGAGGAACGGAAGUCCCAUCAGUCUGACCUAUCGUCCCACUCGUCUAAUGAACGAGACAACCCCAGGGAAGGAUCCGUGAUGGCGAUGGCCAAAAUGUCAGCUAUGGCGUCACCAUUCAGAGUACCUGAAGACCCUCAGGCUUUGGCCAGCCGGGAUAAAGACACAUCACCUCAUGUCACAGAGCCUCCAGUUACAACCACACCCAAGAUCCUCCUCCGACCCAGUUCAGAAGAUGAAAAAUUAUAUGGGCCAAACACUGUUAUGGUCAAUUUCCAGAAGGGUGACAGUGUGGGAUUGAGGCUGGCGGGGGGAAAUGAUGUUGGCAUCUUCAUUGCUGGUGUUCAGGAAGGCAGUCCUGCUGAAGAAGAGGGUCUCCGCGUUGGGGACCAGAUCCUAAAGGUAAACAAUGUGGAUUUUCAAGGUGUCGUCCGAGAGGAAGCCGUGCUCUUCCUGUUGGAGAUUCCGAAAGGAGAUGUGGUCACCAUUCUGGCCCAGAGCAAACCAGAUGUGUAUAAUGACAUCUUGGUGUCAGGGCGUGGAGACUCCUUCUUCAUUCGGACCCACUUUGACUUUGAAAAAGAGAUUCCUCAGAGCCUGUCCUUCAGCCGCGGGGGCAUCUUCAAGGUGGUUGAUACGCUGUACGAUGGAAAGCUCGGUAAUUGGCUGGCUGUUCGUGUCGGCAAGGACAAGCAGCUGCUGGAAAAGGGCAUUAUCCCCAACAAGAGCAGAGCAGAACAGAUGGCCAGCGUUCAGAGUUCCCAAAAGGUCAUUGCUGGUGAUCGAGCAGAUUUUUGGCGGUUGCGAGGCCAGCGGUCUUUAAAGCGGAAAGAUGUGAGGAAGAACUGUGAAUAUGUAGGCACCCAGACCCUGGCCACCCGAUUCCCGUCAUAUGAACGCGUGGUCCUUCGAGAGGCUGGUUUCCGGCGUCCUGUGGUACUGUUUGGUCCCAUAGCUGAUGCUGCGAAUGAGAAACUGGCAUCCGAAAUGCCCAACUUAUUUAUUAUUGCUAAAACCGAGCCUAAAGAUGCCGGCUCAGAGAGGUCCUCGGGCGUGGUUCGCCUCAACACCAUUCGGCAAAUCAUUGAGCAGGAUAAGCAUGCCCUGCUUGAUGUGACACCCAAGGCCGUCGACACCCUAAACUACACCCAAUGGUAUCCCAUCGUCAUCUUCCUCAACCCAGACAGCAAACAUGGCAUCAAGGCCAUGAGACAGAGAAUCAUUCCCAACUCCAACCGGAGCGCCCGCAAAUUGUAUGAGCAGGCCGUCAAACUGAGGAAAAGCUGCUCUCACUUAUUCACAGCCACCAUAGAGCUGAACUCGAGCAAUGAUGCCUGGUACGGGAGCGUCAAGGACUCCAUCAGAGAGCAGCAAACGCAAGCCGUCUGGGUUUCUGAUGGCAAGUUGGAGGAAGUAGAGAGUGAUCUGGACUGCCAGGAUGUGGAGCGUCUCUCCUUCCUGUCCGCCAUGUCUGCCGACUACCUCAGCAUGGACAGCAGGCUGACCUCUGACCUGGAUGACACUGCAGAUGAGGCUGGGACCUACACCGACAACGAGCUGGAUACGGAGACCGUGCACGUCUCUGCCAUUAGCCGCUCAUCAGAACCAGUCACAGCUGAGGAGAUAUUACGCAGGUACAGCCCAGACAUCCGCAAUCGUAUGAAAAAAAGCAGCCAUGAAGUUCCCAGGAGGUGCAGCCCUCCGCCGGUCUUCCUGACCGAUGCUAAGAUAAAAGUACCCCUAAAGGAGGAAUCGGCUCUUUUAUCCGGCUCGGAAGUGGCGCACCAACACCAGCGCCAACAUCAACCUGCUCUCCCAAGCUCUCGCCACAACUACGAUUCUCCUUCCAGCAGUAGCCCCGCAAGCAGCAACAAUGACCCCCCUCCACCAAUCCCCCGCUCGGCUCACUCCUCUGCUCCUCCGCCUCCACCUCACCUCCUCAACUCCUUUGGAAAACCCCGGACUCUGGGAGCACCCAAAUCCCAUGCUGCAUCCAAGGCCACCAGGACCACGGCGGAGAAUACGCUUCCCUCCUCUGCACCUUUGCCCAGCGAGACUGUCGCCUGUUGGCAGCUGGAGGAGGCACUGCAGCCCGGACCGCCGGAGGACCCGUCCGUGAACUCCUUCAUGGGAAAAGUCAAGGCCUUCGAGAAGCUGGAUCACUUCGCUCGAGCCCACAGGAUGCUGCAACUGCAGGAGGCGCACAAUGCCAGGGUGGAAAUUGCCCAGAAGCAUCCCGACAUCUACGCGGUCCCCCUGAAGACGGCCAAACUUGAUCACAGUCGCCCACAGCCCAUCGGGUCCAGCUGUCGUGCUGAGCCCCAAACGUCUCCGUCUGUCAAGGAGGGGCACCCUAUCUACCCCAGCAAGGAGUCUGAAGCGGAAGCAAUGUCAGGUCCCUUGAGGUUUGGGUUGUCCUUCCUUCCUCCGCCGCCACCCAACAUCACCCAAACCUUUGCUGCUGUCUGCCGUCAGGCUCUCAAGGAAACCAGGGAAUCCUUCAUCACUUUGACAGUACUUUCUCCUUCAGCCAACACGCAACAGCAGUAUUAUCGUGACACCGGACCUGCUCACGUCAGCAUCUGAACGAGCAUUCUUACCCCCCCAGCUAUACUGUACAUGUCUUGGGGAAUCGAAGGAUGAUCUAUAAUGUCACUUGACACUUAAUGGUCCGCUGCCAUUUUGGUAGUCUGAGCAAAGUCAAGUCAAAUGUUGGGGUGACCAGACCAGACCAAUUUACUCUUUUUCUUUUAUUUGUCAUGUUGCUGGACUUGACUUCACACGGUGCACAACGUGCCAUACACUGUUACUACCGUUACUACGUGUUACUACUGUUACUACGUGUUAUAUGCACGUCAGACCACGGUUACAGUAUUUCUGUCCUACUACACAAGCCCUUUAGAAAAGUAGAUAUUUGCUCCUUCUUACAGGUUGGUAUUUCAACCUUGGCUCUGGUAUUGUCACAGAGAAGCAAAUAAUAAAUGAUGCCUCCUUUGAGAUGUGUGAGCUUUGCUGCCAGGACUUCAGCUCUCCCAAAUGUGUUGGGAAGGUGCAUUGAGCAUUCCCUAAUAAUACGAUGUCAGGAAGUGCUUGUCGGGCACUGGUCCUUUAUCAGCCGUUCACCUGAUUUUUCAUAAUUGUUCAGGUAUUUACACAUUUGUUGGCAACAAAUCCUCAAUCUGAAGACUUAAAAACAUACAGUGGAACCUUGAUUAGCCUACGCCAUUACUAGCAUGUUUUUCAGUUAAAGUUGAAAAUUUACGCCACAAUUUUGCCUUUGUUUGCAUAUAUUUGUUUGUCAUUUGUGUUGCUGCGCUGCAUGAAUCCAACUGUGUUCCUAGCGUAUCACAAAACAUCCUUGAUAGAUCCAUGAAGCUUGCUAACGCAGUCGUCCCUCCUUUAGCACAGUUAAUGGGUCUGGAUCCGACCGCAAUAAACGAGUUUCCACAA